AUGAGUAUUUAUGAUAAAAAUCAAAAUACUCUUUCAGAGUAUAUAAAAGAUUACUUAAAUGAAGCGUAUUAUAAAGAAUUAAAAAAAGAAUUUCAAAUAAUCGAAAAAGAAAUCAAAGAAAGUGAAAAAAAUUAUGAUAAUAUCUCAAAUUUAAUAAAAGAAAUAUUAUUAUGUAUUAAAUCACCAAAACAACUAUUAAAUAUCAAUGUAGAUGUACAAUCAAACUUUUUAUAUUCACCAGAUAAUAAUCAUCAAAUAUUUAAACCCAUUCAUACAAAUAUUAAUAAAGUCAAUAGUUUAAUAGAGGAAAUAAAGAGAAAUUUCAACAGUAAAAGUACCGAUUAUAAUAGAACAGUAUUAUUAAACAGUAUUAUGAAAAAACUUAAUAGCUAUUCAGAACAAAAUAAAUCAUUUAUCAAUAAAUUAACCGAUACAGUAGCCAGUUCAAAAAAAAAAUCAGUAAAUAUUUUAGCUCCAUCUCCUUUAUGGUUCAGCGAAGAUUUAAAACAUUAUGAAGUUAAAUCACUAGACCUUGCAUAUGAUAUAACAUCAUAUAAUGUAUUAGAACAUCAAUUUAAAAAGAAGGAUAAAAAUCAAGCAGGAAACAGUAUUGGUAGUACCAUGGAUGACAAAGUUUAUUUCAAAGUAGAACAUGGUGGUAGACUUAUAAUGCCAGCAAGAGAACAUGCAAUUUAUCAAUUUUAUAAGAAAUUGUUCCCAAACUCUAAAUCAGCAUUGGUUUCGCCUACUCAAUUAAUUCUAAUCGAUAACUUGAAAAUCCUAAAUCCAGAAUCUAUAAGAGAACUAGGGGAAUAUAAAACUAAGCAUAAUGAAACAAAUAUUGAAAAGUUAUUAGAGUAUGAACCAGAGUUAAGAAAAAAAGUUGAAGAUACUUUACAAAAUCACUACCAUGUAUUUUUACAAGCGUCCCUAUUCACCAAAGGUACACGCUUUGACAAAUAUUUAGAAAGCUGUGAAAAAAAGAUGAAGUUAAAUGGUUCAAAUUGUCAAUUCGAUGAUAUUGAUAUAGAAAGUUUUAGUUCACACGUUAUUGCAAGUUUAUUAGUUUUACCAACCGAUUAUAAACCAGACAACUUGAUUUUAGAAGAGGACUCUAAUUAUAUUAUUGGCAUCGAUAAUGAUCAAUCAUUGGAAGCAAAUGAAAUUGAAUUAAUAUCUGAUGGAGCUGAUGCAUUGCCUAAUUUAAAGAAUGUUUUAUACACAUUAAAGCCAUUGAUGGUUCAACCAGUCAACGAAAGUGUGAAAAAUGAAAUCCUCAAAACCAAUCAAGCUUUAUUCAUUUUAAAAUGGCUUGAGACCUUAUACAAGAAACAAAAAAAUUAUGAAUCAAUAAUAUCAAUGCAAAUAGAAUCAAAAGGUUUGGAAGUGUCAAAUGAAUAUAUAGAAAAAAAAAAAGAAGAAAUUAAUUUACCAUUGGAGUUUAAAAAAGGAUGGGUUCAUUUAAUGGAUAAAAGAUUUAAAAAAAUUAAACAAAUAUUACAAUCAAAUCAAACAGCAACUCAUCAAGAUUUAUUCAGUCAAAUCCAUCCACUAUCAAGUAUUUAUUAUGAAUAUUUAUCAAAAGUUUAUAAUGAUCAACCCAUAGAUAUCAUUUCGGCCUUGUAUAAGAAAACAAAUAAACUAUCUUUUCAAGAUAUUAUAAAAUCAGAAAACUCCCAAUUUAACCAAGCACAGUUUCAUGAAUUAUUACAAAACUCUUUAAUAUUAGAAAAAUCUAUUUCAAUUUAUGACGCAAUCAAAGAGUAUAUAUCAACUAUAGAGUUUAGUUCAUUAAGUCAAUGUAUAAAAACUGAUGAUGAUUUAAAUGAAUGUGGUGAAAAUUGUAAAAUAACAUGUAAAACAAGGAACAUUGUUAUUGAAUUUCUUUCAACAAUCUGCUCACUCUUUGAUUACACGUUAUUUCACCCAUCAUGGUAUAAGGAAAAAUUUAAUAUUUUUUCAAAAUUAUUAAGAUAUGGUGCAUCGGUUGAUGUACUUAAUUUAAUUAUAAGAAAUCUAAAUAUUAUAAUUAAAAAUGAAGACUAUAACACAAUUAUUAGAGAAAAGGAGGUGUUAACAAAUCCUAAUAUUUGCAAUCAAAUAGAGUUUUUAAUAGACCAUUAUAAACUAGAUGUUGAAAGAGUAGAAAACAAAUCAACCCUUCUAGAUAUAGUUUCAACACAUAAUCUUCCAAAUUUGUUUAUAAAGUUGUUAGAACUUGGUGCUGGCAAAAAUUCAAAUCCAUCAGUUAUCAGUAGAUACUAUCAAAAUCUUUCAAAUGACCAGAAAUUAGAAUUAAAGCCAUAUUUAAUUAAUUUGUUUUCAGUUAAUCCCAAGAUAAAUUGGAGAAUUGCAAUUAAUCAACUAUUCCCAUUACAAAAUGAACAAACCAGAGACUCAACAAAGUUAAUAUCAGAAAUCACUAACACUACAAAAAGAAUUAUUUCUGAUGAAUACUGGGACCAGUUAUUUGAUUCCCAUGGACAACUAAGGAGAUCAAACGAAUACGGAUCGAGAACAGUUACUUUAAUCCAAGAUAGCUUUGGUAAUGGAAUCUAUUUAAAGUUUAAACCACAAUUUCCUGGUACAGAAAUAGCAGUAAAUAAAUUAAGUGAAAUUAUAUUUGGCAACGGUUUAACUCCAUAUUGUGAAUUAGCAUCCAUCAAUGACUCACCAGUUUUAUUAAUUCAGCAAGUAUAUGGUGAACCUCUAGUUGACAUUUUUAACGACUCACCAAAUAUAAUUGGCCAACUGGAACCAAUUAAUAUCUCUAAACAAUUGAUCCUAUCAAUGUUAAUAAAUAAUGCAGAUGGAAAUUUAGGAAAUUUUAUUGUGUCAAAAACUUUAACUUCUAAAGAUCAAAGAUAUGGAUAUAGACUUGUAUCCAUUGAUAACGACCAAUGUUUUAUGCCAUCAGUUUCGAAAUCAUUGGGUACAUUUGAAAAAUCAUUACAAGUAGAUACCGUUUUGUUUUUAUUUAAUCAAAUGAAUGAUAAGGUGCAUAAAGAUGUAAUAGACCGUAUUAGCAAAAUAGAUGUGUAUAAAGAAUUGUUUAAAUGGUUAGAAGCUUUAAAAUAUAACCAUCAAUCAUCAUUGGACCAUUUUUCAUCAAAUAGAGAAAGAUUAAAAAAAGAAAAAGAGACAGUUAUUGGUGUAUCUUUUAACAGAGGUAUGAUUUCACAUAUCUUUUCAAAACUAAAGAGACUACAGCAGCUUUUGAAAGAGAAUACAUCAGUCACUCACAUAGAAGUUUUAGAAUUCAUAGAGCCAUUAGUUUCAAAUAGAUAUAGACCAUUUUUAAAUUUAGAUGUCUCACUAAAUGAUAGAUACUUAAAAUUAAAAAACUUUAAUACUUAUUCAAAAACAUUAGUUUCGUGCUCAAAACAUCCAUCAGCUCAAAUUUUAUUAUCAAGAGAUAUCCCUAAUGUUAAGGAUAUAAUGGAUCAACUAUGGAGUGGAAAAUAUGGACCAUCUCAAUCACUUGAAGAAUUAAAUUCAUUAGAUAAAGAUGUGAAAACACUAAAUGAUUUAAUAAAUCUUCUUGAUAACAAAGCCAUCAAUUUAAAUAACAAAUUUUCAACUUAUAAUAUAGAAUGUUUGUUAAAAUUCGACUUUAUCAAUAUUCCAAAAGAAAAACAAAAAGCUUUAUUCAAUUUUUUAGCCAAUAUGGAAAUUUCAAUUGUUACUUUAAGAAAUUGCAAUUAUUUCAAUCAAUCCUAUUUAAAUAAUCUUCAAAUUGACUCUAUAGUUAGGUUAGAUAUAUCAUCCUGCAAAGAUCUACUUUCUAUUGGCAACGUUUUCAAAUCUAUGGUAAAAAUAUCAAUAAAAGAUUGUUCAAAUCUAACCAAUUUUAGAAUCAAAGCACCAAACUUAAAAGCAUUAACUAUUAUAAAUUGCAGCCUAAAAAACUUCAUAUCCAAAUCACCAGAACUUCAAUUUCUAAAUUUAAAAGGGUCAAUUAAAAGUGUAGAUAUUAAUAUCUUCGAAUUAUCUCAAAGUUAUAAAAAUUUGGAAUAUUUAAAUAUUUCGGAAUCUAUAUACGAGACUCUUCACAUUAGAUCAAAUUUAAAAACUUUAGAUUUCAGUUCAAUGAAAUUUUUAUUUGAAAUAACCUUGGAAGCCAGCUCUGGGGACUAUUUCCAAAAUAUAAAUUUGUGGAAAUUAUUAAAUAAUCCAAAUAACAAACAAAUAAUUGAAGAAAAAAAAAUGUAUAUCAAUUUAAGAAAUGACCUCCCCCUUCUUUUAUUUUGGUCUAGAAUUGCAAGUAAUAUCAAAAAUCUUUAUUUAGGCCAUCUCAACUAUAUCAUUCCUCUUGAACAUAUCCCUCCAAAUAUUAAAAGAUUAGAACUUUUAAAUGGAUUCAAUCAAGCAUUACUUCCACACCAACUACCAAAUACAAUCAAGCACCUUGUUAUUGGAGGUAUUAAAAAACCAUUAGAAAUUGGUUCAAUUUCAAAAGCUACAACUCUAACAUUGCUGAAUGGAUUUGAUAAAUCAUUAAGACCUGGGUUCAUAGGUGAAUCAGUAACCAAUCUAUUUAUUGAUGAACUUAAGUAUCAACUAAAACCCAAUGUUAUACCAUCAUCUGUGGUCAAAUUAAGAAUUUCAGAUCAUCAAAUUCAAUCCGAUACUCUGCCUCUAUCUGUAAGAGAUGCCCAUAUAACAUUAAAUAGCAAGGCUUUGCCACCAAACUCUAUUCCACCUAGUAUUACAACAUUAACAAUUUCAAUCAAUAGUUUUAACCACUUAAAUCACUCUUUAAUACCAAACUCUGUUAAAAAUUUAUACAUUAUCAAUAAUAGCUCAAAUUCAAUACCAAUUAAUUUUGUGAUACCAGAUUCAGUUAUAUUGUUAGAAUUGAGAGGGAACUUUGAUUAUAUUCAACCUGGUAUGAUCCCAGAUUCAAUUAGAGAACUUUAUAUUGACAAAAUCAAAAUACCUUUAAAAAACAAAUCAAUUCCAUAUUCAGUUACCACACUCGAGUUUGGUAAUGAUUUUAACAAUAGUUUACAGGCUGGAAUAAUUCCAGACUCUGUUACGGAGCUCUAUAUUGGCAAAAUAAAUUUACCAAUUUUCAAAGCCGAAUCAAUUCCAAAUAGUGUAAAGAUCUUAAACUAUUCUUUGCUAAGCAGACAUAUAUUCGAUUUAAGUUUUAUACCAGAUUCAGUUACCGAUAUUUACGUUUUCGAAUCCCCCUAUUUAAUAGAAGAUAAUUUAGUUGGUGAUUGUGUUCCAUUUAAUUAUCAUCCAAACUUUUAUAAAAAAAGAGAAAAAUCAUAUAAUAAUAAAAACUAUUAUAUUUAUGAUUAA